GAUCCUGAUGUGUAUUUGUAUAUACCUAUACGUAGUUAUAGGGCGGUUGCGCCGACUGCUUAACCAGUAAUAAACUAGCUUGCGAACUAGACGGUUGUUUCACUCAUACACCUCAGUGUCGAACGAGGAUUCUGAAGUACCCGCGCUAAGUGAAAAAAAAAAAUGGCUUAUUUUGGAAAUUUAGCGAAUUUCGAUCACAAAACUGGUGAAUGGCAGAUAUUUCACAGCAAAUUAAAGCAAUUUUUUGUGGUGAAUAAAGUUGUGGAUGAAGAGGACAAGCGCGCCCUUUUGUUCACUCUCAUGACAGACGAAACCUACCGCUUGUUACGUAACUUGGCUCAUCCAAAGGAAUUAGAGGAGCUCGAGUUCAAAGAGCUAGUGAAAUUACUCGACGGCCACUUCAAGAAAAAGCAGUGUACGUACGCUGAUAAGGCCAAGUUUUAUGCUGCGACGAGAGUACCAAGCGAGACUUUAGGGGACUGGGCGGCGCGAUUAAGAGGAUUAGCAACUUAUUGCAAUUUUGGCGCGGCCCUGGAAGCGAAUUUAGCAGAUCGUUUCAUCCUAGGCUUGGGCUCGGGGCCCGAGCGUGAUAAAUUAUUUGAAAAAACGGCUACCCUUUCGAUGGCGGAGGCUCUGGAGAUUGCAGAGAAAGCGGCGGUCGCUAGGGAAGCGAAGACGGAGAUGGCGGCAACUGUCAAAGAAGAGCCCGUAUUUUAUGGGGCUAGUGGUAAUGGGCACGGCCGAGGCGGCUGGAACAAAGGGCAUCGCGGCCGUAGCAACAGCGGUGGCGGAAACCGGCCGGCCGGAGGCGACCAGGGGCAGCGAGAUGAUUUCCGUUGUGCCGUUUGUGGAAUGAGAAACCAUGAUGUAGAUAGUUGCCGUUACAAGAAUUAUCGAUGCCAGAAAUGUGGAGUUAUAGGACAUUUGAAAAAAGUAUGUAAAAGCAAGAUUUCGCGAGUGAACUGCAUCGCCACUGAACGGGAGGAAAACGUAACCGAAGGAGCUGAGCAGUGUUGUAGGGAGUGCCAAAACUUUAAUUUAAGGUACGUGCCUAAUAUUAAACCAAUUAUCUUCGAUGUGAUUUUAGAUGGUAAAAAUUUAUCCAUGGAACUAGAUUGCGGUUCAGGAGUGUGCGUCAUUUCAGACAGUUUGUAUUACGAGAUGUUUUCUGAGUACCAGUUACAAAAAUGUGACCUUAAGAUGUGUUUUUACACAGGCCAUCAAAUCUCGCCACUCGGCUGUUUUCAAAUAGGGGCUACUUACAACAAUAGAACCGAGAAAAUUAAUAUAUUUGUUGUAAUUAACGGUGGCCCGCCCUUGCUUGGUCGAGAUUUUAUGGCCGCCUUUGACUUGAUUGUAACAACAAAGACAAACCUAAAUAGUAUUGGAAAUGAUAAUGAUGUACACCAAUUGUUAGAACAAUAUCCUGACGUUUGGCGCGAUGAGCUCGGUUCAUUUAACAAGUUCAAGGUCACCUUGCGUCUCAAGGAAAAUUCAUACCCAAAAUUUUUUAAACCACGGUCUGUUCCCUUUGCCUUAAAAGCCAAGGUAGAGGAAGAACUGGAUAGGUUAGUAAAGUUAGGUAUUUUAGUUCCCGUGAAUUACUCAAAUUACGCUACCCCUAUAGUGCCUGUGCUUAAAGAAAAUGGUAAAGUUAGGAUAGCUGGCGAUUUUUCCGUGACAUUAAAUAAGGAUUUGGUAAUUGACAAGUACCCCCUACCUCGAAUAGAGGAGGUUUUCGCCAAGUUAGGCGGUGGCGAACAUUACAGCAAAAUAGACCUUAAAAAUGCAUAUAACCAGUUUUUAUUGGAUGACUCAUCACAGGAACUCACAACCAUAAAUACCUCGAGAGGAUUAUUUAAAUAUACACGAUUAGUGUACGGCUUGGCUAAUGCGCCGGCGAUUUUCCAAAAAUCUAUGGAAACCCUUCUCACAGGUAUUGAGGGUGUGAGUUGCUGGCUUGAUGACAUUUGUGUAACAGGGCCCAAUAAAAAGGUGCAUUUGGAAAGGUUAAAUUUGGUUUUAAAUAGAUUAAACGAUGCGGGGCUGCGUUUACAAAAAGAAAAAUGCGAAUUUUUCAAAACUAGUGUCACCUAUUUAGGGUAUGUUAUUAAUAAAGACGGCCUACAAACAUGUUCCACUAAGGUUGACGCCAUUUUAAAGGCACCAGAGCCAACAAACGUGACAGAGGUGCAGGCGUUUCUAGGUUUAGUUAAUUACUACAGAAACUUUAUUCCUAAUGCUUCGGCGUUAAUGAGUCCCUUACACGAGCUGUUACGUGCAGGAGCUGAAUGGAAGUGGGGAGAGCGGCAGCGGGACGCCGUGCGCGCGGUGCGCCGCGAGCUGGCCUCGGAGCGCGUGCUGGCACACUUCGAGCCCAGCGCGCAGCUGGUUCUCAGCGCUGACGCCGGACCCGGGGGCCUGGGCGCUCUUUUGGCACAACGAGCCGCCGACGGACAGGAGAGACCGCUGGCGUUUGCAUCCCGCUCCCUCACCUCCAGCGAACGUAACUAUAGUCAGAUCCAGAAAGAGGCGGCAGCCUUGAUUUUCGCGGUAAAGCGUUUUCAUCAAUACCUAUACGGCCGUAGCGAACCAUUCGUUCUAAAAACCGACCACAGGCCGUUAGUUUCGAUUUUCAAUCCCCAAACUGGAAUAUCAGCCACGACAGCCUUACGUCUUCAGAGGUACGCUAUUAUAUUGUCGGCAUAUAACUACACUGUGCAAUAUGUUUCUAGCAGUAAUAACUUAGUAGCAGACUAUUUUUCCCUCGCGCCCGUGGCGGACACGUACAGCGAUAGUGAUAAGGAAUUCGAUUCGUUAUCGCGCAGUAGGAUGUGGUGGCCGGGUAUCGACCGGGACAUCGAGCGCUGCGCGGGCGCAUGCCAGGCUUGCGUGGCGCUGCGGCCGGCCCCGCCGCGGGAGCCGCCCGCGCCGUGGCCGCGCGCGCCCGGGCCCUGGCACCGGGUACACAUCGGGAAAAAUGAUGUAUCUAACGAUCCUAUACCAUUGCCCUCAUUUCCUCCCCCGUCUAUUUCAAGCGGUAUGCCAAUUUUACCUACCGAUUCUGCGGUGGAUAGUCCACCACCCGCUGAAAUAGUGGUGGAGGAAAGGAGUGCAGAUGAAGCUGGGGAUGAAGUGUGGGAAGAGUGCGAGGGAGAGAUAGGUGAGCACGGGCCGUCUGCGCACGAGUCCGCUGUCGCCGCGCCCGCGCCCCCGGCGUCGCCGGCGCAGUUGCCGAGCGCGGCCUCACCGCGCGAACUUGGUACGUCUGUCUUAGACGAGUGCCCAAUGCGACAUAAUUUGCGACCCAGAAAAAAAGUAGAUUAUAAGCUUUAG